UCAAAAGAAAAAACCAGAAAGUCCAGUUGCCUCCUGAGCAAAGCACCUUUGGGACAAUCCUGAUCUGGAUGACGGAGAAUCUCGACAGACUUUUAGCGAUGCAAUUUGGGCUGAACCCCCUUUGCAUGGUGUGGGGGUGUGAAUGGAUUUCCAGAGGGAAAAAUUGCAGACUGCAAGAACCAUUCGCACCACUCGGGUGACCCUGAGGAGACAGAUAAACCUCCAGGGGCUUCAGCCACCCUCUCAAAGUUUGGGGAUUGAGUGGAAAUGAGGACGGAGGAUGGCGGCGGAUGCAGGAAAGAGGCGCUGGCCAAGAGGAGGAGGAGGAAGGUGGGCCCCGCGGAGCAGCCCUGACCGGCCCAAGCGCGGCUUCUCCGGGAGACGGCAGGGCUCCGGGGCUGCAGGAGAGAUGAGCCCAGGGGGAGCCCGGGAAAGGCGGCUGCCUGGAGGGCGAUGCGGGGAGGAGGAAACAGGCGGAGACCCCGAGAUGGGCUUGGAGGGCGGAGGCUCCUUCGGAAGAUUCCCAAAGCCCCGAAGGAUCCAUGAGGGAGGAAAGAAACAUAAGUGCCCGGAAUGUCAAAAAUCCUUCAAAAGUAAUGCAAAUCUUGAAAGACAUGUAAGGAUGCACACAGGAGAAAAACCUCAUAAGUGUCUGGAGUGUGGAAAGAGCUUCAAUCAGAGAGGAAGUCUUUACGUGCAUCAAAAAAUCCAUUCAGGAGAGAAACCGUAUCAGUGCCUGGAGUGUGGAACAAGUUUCAGUCAGAGAGGAAAACUUUUCCGGCAUCAAACAAUCCAUUUAGGAGAAAAACCACAUAAAUGUCUUGAUUGUGGAAACAGCUUCAGUAGGAGAGAAAGUCUUUACGUGCAUCAAAAAAUCCAUUCAGGAGAGAAACCGUAUCAGUGCCUGGAGUGUGGAAAGAGUUUCACUCAGAGAGGAGAACUUUCCCAGCAUCAAACAAUCCAUACAGGAGAAAAGCCACAUAAAUGUCUUGAUUGUGGAAAGAGCUUCAGUAGGAGAGGAAGUCUUUACUUGCAUCAAAAAAUCCAUUCAGGAGAGAAACCCUUUCAGUGCCUGGAGUGUGGAAAGAGUUUCAGUCAGAAAGGACAACUUUCCCAUCAUCAAACAAUCCAUUUAGAAGAAAAACCACAUAAAUGUCUUGAUUGUGGAAAGAGCUUCAGUAGGAGAGGAAAUCUGUAUGGACAUCAAAGAAUUCACACAGGAGAAAAGCCACAUAAAUGUCUGGAAUGUGGAAAGAGCUUCAAUCAGAGAGGAAAUCUUUACAUGCAUCAAAGAAUUCACACAGGAGAGUAACCACAUAAAUGCCUUGAGUGUGGAAAGAGCUAUAUUGGGCGUAGUAGCGUCAAUCGACACCAAAGAAUUCACGUGGGAGAAAAAUGAUAAACACACCUGAGUGUGAGAAGACC